AAUACUCGAAAUGAAUACGAUACUUUCAGGGUCUCUUCAGAAAAGCACUGUUUGAUGACCGUUCACAAACUGAGUUGCACUUACGAUCCCUCAGAAGAGAGGUCUUUGUUCAUUCAAAAGACAGACAUCAAAACGCUAGAUCUGUCAGGAAGUAUGAUCAAUGAGGUAGUUCGAUCUUCAAUAAGGGAAUACGGAAACCUCGAGGAACUGAGCCUUUCCAAUUGUAGAAUAAAACGUUUAGAAAAUGGAACAUUCGCUGAUCUUCAAAAGCUCAUCAAGCUGAAUUUAUCCGAUAACCUGCUGACGACAUUCAACGGUCACUCUUUCGAAAGAAUGAGUUCGUUAAAUAUAAUGAUUCUGUCAAAUAAUUUAUUGGAAACCUUGAGUGAUAUGCACUUGGAAGCCUUUCCAAAAUUGAAGGUCUUGGAUAUUUCAGGUAAUCAGUUGCAAAGUCUGCCAGAAGAAGUAAUGUACAAAAUACAAAACGAUCCUGCAUUUUCUCUUUACGCUGGAAAUAAUCCAUGGAAUUGUAAUUCUAUCAUUUGGAAAAAAUAUUUCGAAAGGAAUGAAGAGUUGAAGAAAAAAUUCUGUUCACCUGUCAGCCAUUCAUUCUUAGGAAUAUUGAAAGAUAGAGAAGGAAGAACGAUAAUGCAAAGCAAGACAACUGUUAUACGUGAGAGCUGUGGUUUCGUUAAAUGCAAAUGGUGGAUAAUUGGAUCUGUUUGGAUUGGUGUAAUCCUAGGAAAUCUUAAUAAGCUGAAUAAGUUAUUGUAUCAGUCAAGAUGUAGAAAAAAGAAAGUACUUGAAAAGUCUGUGGGGACGGAAGCAGAAGUUCAUCAUUUGUUAAGACAAGAAAGAGUUGCCCUUGGCGUCGAAGAGACAGAAUUGAAAUCGAAAAAUUAGUUCUUAGUAUUUAUUGUUGUUAUAAAAUGUUUGUCGUGAGAAUAAUUUUGAUUGUCAUUAAAUA